AUGUCUUCAAAUGAAGUUGUCAGAAGAAAAAACGAAGCUCCAGUAAAAGAAGAGUUCAUUGAUAAAAAAAGUGUUGCUAAAAUUGCGAGUGAGGCUGUAUUUGGAGAUAUCGACAAUAAUGAUGAUAAAAAAGAUUUGGAACCACCAAAAAAGAAAUCACGUGUCACAAGAAAACCAGGUCAAAAUAAAGGAAGUGCUGUUAAAAGAUAUUCAGAAUCUUUAAGAUUGUGUCACAAAACUUCACUCGAUGAAAAUUGUGAAAAUGAAUUGUAA